CUGCGAUUUAUAACUCAACUUGCAUAUAUCUACCCAUUGGAUUGCCUAAUCCGCCAAAACUCUACCCAGAGCCAACCAUUUAUCUUUACCUACCAGAGGUCAAUUUCAUCGCCUAAUCCCUUUAGUCAUGUCUGAAGACGCCAACGCCACCAGUCCGGCUCCCCCAGCAUAUACAUCAUUUCCGCUCCUCCCUGAGGCAGGAGAAGCUCCAAAACCUCUAUCCACACUCCUCAAAAGCACUCUACAGAAGGUUACGGCCGCUUCCACCGCAGUGCAGAAUGCGCUAACCUCAACGGAGCCGCCACUUCCCGCUGCGUCCGAGGCUCUUUCACCGGUGCACAGCGCUGUCAGCCACGAGUCGGACAUGUUUAGGACAAAGCUUUCGCCCGAGACCUAUGAACAGCCAUUCCCAGAGGCCUACGAACCGCUGUUUUCAUCCCCAGGCCAAGCCACAUCGCAAGAUAGAAGCCUCAACGCAGAAAGACUAAAUCCUGAAAAACUCAACCUGGAGGGGAUUCAUAUACCUGAAAGAGAUCACAACCCAGACGGAACUCACAGCCCCAGCCACGACCUUGACGCUUCCAGCCUCACUCCAUCGAGAUCUCUCCGGAUCCAAACCGACUCGAACAAGCUUUUGUUUACGGAAGUACAGCCACUGGUGCAGCCGCGAAUAACGGCGGUCAAUGUGACCACGGACCUUCAGCCCGAGGAUGUCCGCCUGCUGACGCCCGACUUUGAGCCGUCGUCACUCCAGCUCAUUUCCCAAAUCUUCAAGAAGCUCCCCAACGAUAUCGAGCUUUCUGACGAUUCAGACAGCGACGGCGCCUCUAUUGCCAACUCCUCCGCCUUUUCGAUCAUGGGAAAAAGCGUCGCUGCGUCUGCCAACACGAAAGAACCGCAGAGCCGCAACCCGCUCAAGGAAGGUGGGAUCGGCCGCAAACACUGGAUGCAAGACGAGUUCGCCACGCACUGUCUCAACUGUAAGAAGGUGUUCCGCACAUUCCGUCGCAAGCACCACUGUCGCUUCUGUGGGCAGAUCUUCUGCGGCCAGUGCACAAUCUUUAUUGCGAACAAGAACGCCGAGAACGGAAAAAUGCGCGUGUGCAAGCCGUGCUACAACGACGUGAUUAUCUAUCUUAGUGAUGACUCCGACGAGGAACCAGAGGUAAAGAUCAACUCAGGAACGGACGAUCGGAGACGGCGUCGUGACACUGACAGCAACUUCCUGAGCACUCUCCGUCUCGACCGCCAGAGGACACCAAGUACCGCCGAUAUGAAGAGCAACGGCAGUGGGGAGCAUGUGUUUGUGCCUGCCCCCACUCCCCCACCCCAGAUGGCCAUUCCAACCACUCGUAAGGGCGAGUCUGUGGAGAUUCCCGUGAGUCGGAGCUCAAAGAACCUCGCAUCGUCCGUGUCCAGCUACAAGAAGCGGCAUCCGCGGUUCCAGAGCGAGGUGUUCAAGUAUUGGGAGGCGCCGGAGAUGCGACCGCAGAAUACCGGGGGCAGUUUCAAGGGGACGUCGCUUGAGUCCAGCUUCCUAGCGUCGUCCAAGCAUCCCAAACACCCCGGCCUCUUUCCAGGCUCCUCGUCUUCGGAGGAAGAAGAGGUGUCAGACGAGCUUUCAGGGUCGGAGGACGAACAGGUCAUGACGUUGUAUCUGUCAUUAAAUGUGCCGCGCGCGGAUUCGAGCAUGCUCUUCGCGCGCGACGACUUUGACGAUGGCAAGGGCUACACCAUUCGCUCGCACGAGCGCGCGCACGCAUCGUUGCUCCGCAUGAAGUCGCGACGCAAGAGCAAGAGCGUGAGCCAGGCGCAGCCAAUUGAUAACGGAAUCUUUACCGCCUCUGCGUUCACGGGCCCAAAGUGGGACACCAGUGCCAGUCCGAUGAAGAGUACCCCGAUAAGGUGGGAGGGCAUGGGUCCGAAGCGGGAAGCACCAAGUCCCAUGAAAAGCGACUUUAGCCCCAUUAAAGGGGACGCCACUAACCAACGAGACCUGAAUACCACUACGCCGAAAAGGGAGUUCUUCCUGUACGCCAGCCAGCGGGACUUUGUCCCGGGUGCUAGGCUGAAAUCAGUCUCUUCUAUCGCCCUCAACCGCACGACCGAUGGCGAGACCGAUUCCCCUCACGUGCGGUUCACCCCAACCGUCGACGACGCCCUCUCUGACACCUUCGAUGCCCACUUGAGCCAGCUUAUGCUCCAAUGCCUUGGGGAUGGCCACCUCGACGAGCAGGUGUGGGUGGAUAGCUUGGCGCCGCUCAUGAAUCGCGUCGGCGACAUUGACGUCGGCGACACUUUAGACAUCAAGCAGUACGUCAAAGUCAAACGUGUUCUCGGGAACACGCCGCAGAGCUCUGAGGCUAUCGACGGUGUCGCCAUAACCAAGAAUGUCGACCUCAAAGCGAUGCCAUCCAAGCUCACCAAUCCAAAGAUUGCCCUCGUGAUGUUUCCUAUCGAAUACACCAAAAAUACCGACCAGUUUGUUACGUUGGGCAUGAUAUCAUCCCAGGCCGCGGUGUACGUGAACAAUAUUGUCCAGCGCUUGGUGUCGUUGAAGCCAGACGUGAUUCUCUGCGGUAGCGCCGUCAACUUGUACGCAGCCGAGGCGUUCUGUAAGGCGGGCAUCGCGGUGGUGUCGCACGUCAAGCCCCAGGUGAUCGAGCGCCUCUCGCGCUACUCCAGGGCCAGCAUCCUCUACUCGCUCAACGACUUGUUCUUCAAGUUCUGCACUCUCGGGGCAUGUCGCCUGUUCGAGGUGCGGCGGUUUGUGUUCCGGGGAACCGUCAAGACAUAUCUCUUCAUCCAGGGCUGCGGUUACGAGGCUGGCUUCACGAUGGUGCUUAGGGGUGGAGACGAGGCGUUGCUUGAGAAGGUCAAGUACACGUGUGACUCGAUGAUCAUGGCGUACUUUAACCGCAAGUUCGAAAAGAGCUUGCUCUUGAACCAAUCACUGGGGUUUGAACCAAACUUGCCGCUGGAGUCAACACCCGUACCCGAUGCCAUUGACGGCACUCUGCCCGGUUUCUUCGAAGACUACAUUGUUUCCUUUCGGCAGCGGUUGUUGUCAAUUUCCCCUGGGAUCAAGUUUCCGCUCCCCCCAAUCUUGGUCAGCGCGAAGGAGGCGGAAAAGGCGCUUCUUUCCUUCGAAGCGUUGCUGAAGACAAUCGAGAGUCUUCGGGAGGUGUCUCUGGAGGCGGUUCAGUUGCUAGGCUUGGACAUAGACACCCAACUGUUGCCAAACAAGGAGCAGGACUUGUUGAAGAUUUACAAGUUUGUCUGUGGCUUCCGACUCAGGCUCCUCCGGGACGAGUUUUCGUGGCGGAGCAGGAUCUGGACGAGCUGCAUGAACAACCCGGCGUACCAACUCCUUCCGUUCUGCCACAAGAAUAUCACGUUGCUUUACUCGAUGGUCUCCACCCGCAACGCUACCCCGUGCAAGGGCCCGUCUACGCUUAACAUCAACUACUACACGCACCAUGACUCCAGCUUGGGCCAGUUUAUCGACCAGACCGUGGCGGAGGCUGGCAAGCUCUGCGAUGAGUGCGGAAAUCCUUACAUCGAGCAUUUCAAGAGCUUUGUGCACAACACCGGCAAGGUUGAUAUUGUGCUCGAGCGGCUCAUGAACAACAGCACCGAUCACGAGCGUUUGGACACACGCGUGAUGUGGAGCUUCUGCAAGCAGUGUCAUCUCGCGACGCCGAUGGUGAAUAUGAUGCCCGAGACGUAUCGUUACUCUUUUGGAAAGUACCUUGAGUUGUCGUUUUACAGUGAAGGGGUCAGGUUGAGCAACUCCACCUGCACUCACGACUUUUACCGCGACCACAUCCGCUACUUUGGCUUCAACGCAUUGGUGGUGCGCAUGGAGUUUUCUGCGGUGGAGACCCUCGAGGUGGUGAUCCCGAAGAAGCAGUUGGAGUGGAAACCCGAGUUGGACAUUGCGUUAAAGAUCGAGGCACUCAAGCAGGUGGAGGUGCGCACAAAACGGUUCUUCAGUAGCAUCAUGUCGCGGUUGAACCGUCUCAAGUUGGUUGAUCGCGUGGAGGAGGGAAUAUCCAUCAUUGCGAAGCUCAAGGAUAAGGCAAGGGAACAGUUGCUGCAGAUCGAGGUGGAAACACGGGAGUUGUACAACGGAACGCUCCCGACGGUGCACCUUCCGCUCAACUCGAUCAUCCGAUCGGUCCAGGAGCUCAGUGUAGAGUGGGACGCGGACUUUAAUGACUUUGAACGGGAGUUUUUGCCGAGUGAGAAUGAUAUUACCCGGAUUACCCAGUUCCAUUUGAAAAACUACUUGUUUGACAAGUACAUCGACUUCAAGAAGGAGGACGAGCUAGAAAGAAAGGAAAAAACUGAAAACACAGACGGGUUAGAAGAGAAGGCGGAGGGAUUAGAAAUAGAGAGACAAGAGACAGGAAGGAAAGAAGGGGUGACGCAUACAAGGGAUGUGGAACAAGAGCAGAAAACCCAGGGCAUUGCUAUGCCUGUAAUCGCCCUUCCAGAUAGCGUGGCGACGAGUGACGAAGCACAGAUUAGUCUUAUGAAUACCCAAAAAGUGCUCAAGGGAGUUCCAGAAAAGUCUACAGAAGUGCCACCUGUUGAACAGCCAACCGAGCAAGACUCACUAACAGAACCGGCUUCCAAACCCGCAAGACUCACCAGUGUAUUGCAGAAGGCCAUCGAGAUCGAAGCUGCCUUGGACACCCACAAAUCUGACGUUAGCGACACCCCAAAGAGUAGUUUCACGUUCAACGUUUCGCCGUCCGUGUUUACCAGCCCCGCCAAAUCUGUAUUGAAGCCAUCGCUGAUCUCAAAGCCGAUACGGAGCCCGAUGCGGUCGGGUCACUCUAUGGAAGGAGGUUACUUCGACGCUGUGUUCAACAUCCCAACCGUCCCCCGUCUCCAGUCCACUGACCUCGAGAUGCAGCUUCGCAAAGGACUCAAACGGUCAAAUGCAAGCGUUGCGGCCUACCGCGAUGAAGCCACUACUCCAUCCAAUAAGGUUUCCGAUUUGGCCAACUUCUUCGACAAGAUGCACUUGAACCAGUUGUCGAUGGAGUUUGAGCUCCAGAGAGAGAACGAGAGACGCAAGCUCAAAAAGUACCGCGCCAUUCCGAUCUUGUCCUCCAAGCCGCGGGUGGAGGUGUACAAGAAGAUCGAAGACGCGGUGGUAGGGGAAGUCGACCUUGUGCUAAACAACGAAGAAGGCCAGGCAGGCAAGCGAGCCAAACCAAACGAGCUGGUCCGGUUUGAAGGUUUGCGAACUCCCAAUUUGGGAUCAGAAAGGUUUGAUAGCAAGCCGAUCAAGGAGCUCGCGAUCGGGAUGCGAAGCAGGGCCAACUCCUUCGGAGCCAAUGAGGCUGAGUCGAUUGAGAACGCGAGCGAGAAGAAGCAGAUUGAACCUGGCUCGCUUGAGGAAUUCGGCCCCCACAGUCACGCGAUUGAGACCACUGAAAAGGUUUCGUUACUAAAGACCUUGACGAAUUUCUGGGCCGAUAGGUCCGCCACCUUGUGGGAGCCUCUCGACUACCCAAUGGCCUCAUCCGAGCACACGUUUGCGGACUCAGAGGUGAUUGUGAGGGAGGAUGAGCCUUCAUCGUUGAUUGCCUUCUGCUUGAGUACAGCUGACUACAAGCAGAAAAUCCAGCGGAUGAAGGAGGACAACCCCGACAGAGCCACCCUUGCAAAAGAAGUGAAUGUUUCGAGCGCCGCCUCCGUUGCUAUGUCUACCUCGACCAUAGGCAAGCCGGUAGUCACUGGACCGCCGCCUGCUGCAACCGCCGCCACGUUCAAAGCGGAUGUGACGUCCACCGACCAUUCGGCGAACCAGGCCGCCAGAGCCAAUGCCAACCUCAGGGAUACCACCGCUAAGAAGGAGGUGCAGUUUGCCAAGUUGGAGAAGCGGUUCAAGGUAUCGUCAGAUCACGACGAGACGGAGAUCGAGAAGGUCAUGGCCAAGAAAACCGCCGCGCACUUGAAGUACCAGUUUGUGGACGGCCAGUCGAUUCUCUCGUGCAAAAUUUUCUACUCGGAGCAGUUUGAGGCGUUCCGAGAGGCAUGUGGGUGCGAUGUAAACUUUGUGCAGAGCUUGUCCCGGUGUGUCAAAUGGGAUUCGUCAGGGGGUAAGAGCGGAUCGUCGUUUUUGAAAACCUUGGACGACCGUUUCAUCAUCAAGGAGCUCUCCAAGUCGGAGUUGGAAUCGUUUGUGGCUAUUGCUCCGUACUACUUCAAAUACAUGUCGCAGUCAAUGUUCAACACGUUGACCACCGCCAUCGCCAAGAUUUUUGGGUUUUACCAGAUUUACAUCAAAAACCCGAUCACUAAUAAGAACUUCAAGAUGGACUUUCUCAUCAUGGAGAAUGUGUUUUACGACAAGAAGCCCACCCGGAUUUUUGACUUGAAGGGUUCGAUGCGCAACCGCCAUGUGGAACAGACCGGGAAGGAGAACGAGGUGUUGCUAGACGAGAAUAUGGUGGAGUACAUCUAUGAGUCUCCGGUGUUUGUGAAAGAGCACGCGAAGCGGUUGCUUAGAGGGUCGCUCUUCAACGACACGUCGUUUUUGUCGUCGAUGGAUGUGAUGGACUACUCGCUUGUGGUGGGCAUUGAUUCGGUCCACAAGAAGCUUUAUGUGGGGAUCAUCGACUGUAUUCGUACCUUUACCUGGGACAAGAAGGUGGAAAACUGGGUCAAGGGGACGAAUUUGAUGGGUGGAAAGAAGGGUAUUGAUCCGACAAUUGUGACUCCAAAGCAGUACCGUGUGCGGUUCCGAGAGGCGAUGGAGAGGUACAUCUUGGAGGUUCCCGAUUGUUGGUAUGAGGGAGGUAUCCAGGCCCGUGAGGAAUAAUAGAAGGCUCCGGGAAGGUUAUAAUACGCAUAUCCUUUGUAAUAUGAAAGAAAAUAAUAAAUUUAAGUUAUAAGGAAAA